AAUUACAGCCUCUCGUCUGUUGGUAUGAAGCAUGGGGAAAGGCAAGGUAACACAUCUUUGGCCAACAAUAUCGUCACACACGCCGUGUGAAAGUGGAGAGCGGCUUAAUGCUGUGGAUUUGCUGUUGAAGACUAAAGAAAACAUUUAAAUGGACAGCUUGCAGACUGGGUCCCUAACCGGGGCGCAGAAAGAUGAAUUGAUGGACCAAGUGAAACAGCAAAUUGCUGUUGCAAACGCUCAGGAGCUCCUGACGAAAAUGACAGAAAAGUGCUUUAAGAAAUGUAUCAACAAACCGGGUACCUCGCUAGACAGUUCAGAACAGAAAUGCAUUGCCAUGUGUAUGGACCGCUAUAUGGACUCGUGGAAUUUGGUGUCUAAGGUGUAUGGUAGCAGAAUACAGAAAGAAAGGCAUAGGCUAUAAAUAUAAACCAACAUGUUAGAUAAUUUUAGGUGAAAACGAUCGAUGUACAAAACCAACAUAUUUAAAAGAAACAUAUUUCAUAUGUGUGUAUAAAAUAUUUUUUUGCUUAAAAAUGAUCCACAGAUAGUUUUAAUUGUCUUUGUAUACAUGUUAUUAGUGCUGUUUAUAAAAUAAAUGACUAAUUAUUGCAACCCAGUG